AUGUCACAUCACCACGUGACGCGUCAGGGAUUUUCGGUGUUUUCAAUGCCUUCUCUUUCCUGCUCCUGCGCCCUACUUCCAUUAACGUCACACUCACUCAUCCCCGGCCUACGCGCCAUGGGUCUCUCGAGGCAGCUCUCGGUUCUCGCCGCCGUCUGCACGCUCGCAUGGCUGCUGGCGUCGGCUACCGCGCGGCCCAGCAAGGAGGAUCUGAUCAACGAGGUGAAGGCGGCCAAGGAAGCGAUCAACGACCCCAAGAUGAACGGCCGAUACAAGAGCAGCGUCACAUUCUUGGACCAUCUCGUCCCAAUCAUGGAGACGGACUGGAACCCACCGGACGCGUACCUCGCCAACACCGAAGGGAAAACCGUCCUUCUGCCCGACGAUACGGCCAUCGCUUCCGCGGCGCCUGACGCGGUUACCACGUUCACGAAAUCCAAGUUCAAGCGCGGCGACGUCACCCCGUACGGGAACUGGAUUCGCGCGAACAUUCUGGACGGAGUGUACGAGGAGGACGACCUGAAGACCGCCAAAGGGCUGAAGAACGCGAAUGGUCGCAGCGUGGGUACGGAAGAGGUUUUGGACAGCAAGAGUGGGCGGAAGAAGGUGACAAUCGGAAAGGGCAAGGCUAAGAUCAAGGAACAGGCGAUUUUCAGAGGGAAGCUGUUUAUCAUCCAUGGCGUGGAUGCGGUGCAGCCGAGGGAGUAG